UAAGAAUAUAACAGAGUUUGACUGAGGGAGAGAUUGGUGGUCCCAGUCGUCUGUGCACUCUUGGCGCCGUCGCUGUUCCAGAACAAGAUCCUUUACACGUUUUAAAUUUCUGGUUGUUUUGUCCCAAAAAAAGGAUUCACAAUGGCCAGACUGAAGGUUUUCCUGUUCCUUAUGCUAAUGGUAUCAGUCCCCACGAACUGCGAAGACACCAGUGGAGAACUCGAACAACAAUCAGACUCAGGAUCAAACGGCAGCGUGGAUAGUAAGAGUAACGAAGGCAAAAUUCCAACGCCUGCUGAGAUUGAAGAAUUUCUAAAAGAUCUCCUGAGGAAGUAUGAAGGUCUCCAUAUUCCUGCUCUGCCGACGUUUACAUUUGACAAUGGAGGUGGUAUCAGCGCUGCCCUCUCCGUAUCCGAUAUAAUGCUGAAUGGGCUUCUUGAUUUGAAAGUCAAUUUGAAAUUAAGUUUAAAUAAACUCACAAUUACAGCGACUUUUAACAAAGUGUACCUAGACGUGGGUCGCUAUAGCUCUGGUGGACAUCUCUUGAACUUACCUUUCGCUGGAGAAGGACCUUUGCUGAUUGCAAUCCACAAGUUGAAGAUUGGAGUGGAAGUCGACUUUAAAAAGAGUAUUGAUAGAGGAGUUUGUGUUGGAGACAUCUAUGGCUUAUCCACCAAGCUGAUUUUAGACCAGCGGCGGUUGGAGGUCAAGUUCUCGAACAUGAAUCCAGGAGGAGACCAGGGACAACUCAUCAACCUAGUCCUGUCCUCUUUUGGGCCCGACAUCCUGGAUUACCUGAAAAUCCUGCUGACUGGCAAGGACAAGGAGGUUGCCGACAGGAUUGUUGUGGAUGUCCGUCAACACGGCGCUCUGUCCUGGCUGGGGUCAGCAACAAUCCCCUGGAUAACAGAGACGAAAUGGCCGAAUACUUGAGCACCAUCUUCCAGCACUUCGUUGAGGGUCUGAAAGUGCCUGGUCGAGGCUUUGACAUCUGGUGAAAGCUCAGUAGUUGAUCUUGAAGUUUCCCAGUGGUGGUACUUGCGUCUGGGGGGAUAAGUGAUAAAAGGACUUGUGCAAGUUUUAUUCGUAUGUUAUGUGUACUCUGAUU